GCUAUCCUUUGGCUAAGCGCAAGCACAAGCGGUUUCAGUUUGAGGUUUUGAGUGCAUUUGAGCGGCUGCAAAUACAAACAGAACUGUGCGCAGGAAAAGGCAUAUAUCUCUGGAAAUUUGUGCUUAGUGUUAUUUCGGUGGAAAACAUAUCGUCGAGAUCGAAUUGUGCCGGAUUUGCUGGAUAUAGAUAUACGAGGUGUAAUUGCCGCUUUUCGAUAAACCGGCUUGGCUCGUAACCACUUUUAAUUCUUCAUCGGUGUUGUGCGUGUGCACCAAACGGCUUCAAAAUUAAUUACUCAAAGUAUCACCACAACGCUAUGUCCUUAUCGGCCAUAGCCAAGCCAAUACUGUACUCGUAUUGGCGCAGCUCGUGCUCCUGGCGCGUGCGCAUUGCGAUGAACCUGAAGGAGAUACCCUACGACAUCAAGCCGAUCAGCCUGAUCAAAUCCGGUGGCGAGCAGCACUGCAAUGAGUACCGCGAGGUGAAUCCCAUGGAGCAGGUGCCCGCCCUCCAGAUUGAUGGACACACCCUCAUCGAAUCGGUGGCCAUAAUGCACUACCUGGAGGAAACCCGUCCCCAGCGACCACUCCUCCCACAGGACGUCCACAAGCGGGCCAAGGUGCGCGAAAUAGUCGAGAUCAUCUGCUCGGGCAUCCAGCCCCUGCAAAACCUCAUCGUGCUCAUCCACGUGGGCGAGGAGAAGAAGAAGGAGUGGGCCCAGCACUGGAUUACACGUGGCUUUCGGGCGGUGGAGAAGGCGCUGUCCACCUCAGCCGGCAAAUACUGCGUGGGCGAUGAGAUUUCCAUGGCGGAUUGCUGUCUCGUACCUCAGGUGUUCAAUGCCCGAAGAUUCCACGUCGAUUUGCGACCGUAUCCCAUAAUUCUGCGCAUCGAUCGCGAACUGGAGAGCAAUCCGGCAUUCCGGGCGGCCCAUCCCUCCAAUCAACCGGACUGUCCGCCGGAGCUGCCCAACAAAUAGAAUUUUCCGACCCCAACUGCAAAGCGCCGUAAGACGAAAAAGUGAAUUGCAGUUCGUAAACCAGGCACAGGACAAACUAAGAACUUAAAUCUGAUCGGUGGGCAGGUGGAUGGCGAUGGUGAAAGGAUUGGAUAGGAUGGCAAAGCUGGCGAGGAUUCCAUUAAGCAGAAACAGUCGGAUGUGAUUUAAGAAAUUGCUAACAGCAUUUAAAUAUGCAUAAAUGCAUAAAAAUACUAUCGAUAACAUAACGAAAUUCCUCACACGAAAUUCAAACGCAAACGCAAAAUUCUCAGAAAACGGAACAAAAAAUCGUAUAAUAAAUUCUUCAAAUUCCCUUAGUUUGUCAUUGUGAACAUGAUCUAAAAGAUGAACUCAUAUAUAUUAAAUAUAACUUAUUUUUAUGCAUUUUAUUUAGGCUAACAAAUCAUAACAAAUCCAAGGAGAACUCACGACGAAAAGCAAAAUUCAAUUCAGGGAUUUAGAAAAAAAAACAAAACCAAAUUUAGAAACACUAUCGAAGAUUUACAAGUAUAAACGAUGUAUGUAUGUAUAAGUACUUCAUGUCAAAGUUCGGCAGAUGCUAAACGACUCGUUCACAAAGUACAAAACUUCAGUCAACCAAUAAGUAAACUAAAGCAAGCUACAUAUACACUAAAUAGAAUAAAUCCUAAGUAAUCUAUGUGAACUAAGCUAAAGAAUCGAUCACCUAUUCGAUGGUUCUGGAUGUCGUAAUGCCUCUUUGCUACCACAAAAGCAUAACUAACUAACGAAGUAUUACCCCAAACCCAAUGCACAUAGACGAAUGACAAAGCCAACCGAUUAAGAGCACAGUAAUUUUAUUAGCAAGUUGAUGUAAAUUGGAUCGUGGGAGUCUCCUCACAACCCCGUACGAGUAGUUAUAUACAUAAGCCUGCCGAUGCCAAGUACAUACACAUACACAUACUAACUAUCCUGCACGACAGUACAACGCACGCGUCGAAGGACGAACGCCGAUAGUCACAUCAUACAAACAUACAUAUAGGUCGAGCUGCGCAUUUUCGCACACCAAUCGAAUCGAAUACCAAAUUGAAUACGAACCAACUAAUAUGCAUAAUUUCCGAAAUAUUGUAACAGUUCCAUAUACUAUAAAUAAAUAAAACUUCAAACUAAGCUAA